GGUUUGGGGMAGCGGCUGUGGAGAAAGUGAGGGGUGGGCCGCGAUCCCCGCAGCUGUCUCCCCCGCCCACUUCUAGUCCGGCGGAUCCCGCCAUGGAGAGGUUGGCCCCUGAGCCGGAGCUCCAGCGGCCUCGUUAGGGUGCGGCCUGAGGCUUGGAGAAGUGGGCACCUUUGGAGUUGGGUGAAGAAACCAGCCAGUAGAAGCAGUUUUCAUUACCUGAACCUCCGAAGAGAGAAGAGGUAGCCCUGGAUGCACUCUGGUCCAUCUGGCUGCAUUGGACCGAGAUGUAAAACAAAGAUCAGAAGCAAAUUUGAAGAAAUGCAAAGUGAAUUGGUGCUUGUCAACAUGUCAGAGACAGAGAAUGAAGCCUUCAUUUCCUCUGAUAAAAAUAUUGGGAAAAUAUCUGAAUUAAAGGAAGAUUCAUGCAGCUCAUUUUCUGGUGAUGAAAGUAGCAGAUUAGAAAAUGAAUCCAAACUAUUGUCAUUAAAUUGUGACAAACUUUUAUGUCAGCCUAAUGAACACAAUAGUCAUGCUGAAGCACACAAAAAUUAUGUCCCAAAUAAUGAUGGAUGUGAGGAUUCUUCUGCCAAAAAAGACAUAUGCCCAGAAGAUUCUGAACAAAUAACUAACUUACCUAGUGGAGAUUUUGCAAAGCAAGUGUCUAAAACAAGUGAAACAGAACAGACAGUAACACAAAUACUGGCAGAAUUAAGAUCAUCUACAUUUACAGAAGCAGCUCCUCAAAAGACUUACUCAGAAAGUCUCUAUGAUACAGACUGCACCAAGAAACUUAUUUCAAAAAUAAAAAAUGUUUCAGCAUCAGAGGAUUUGUUGGAAGAAAUAGAAUCUGAGCUGUUGUCUACAGAGUUUGCAGAAGAACACCAAGUACCAAAUGGCAUGAAUAAAGGAGAACAUGCAUUAGUUCUGUUUGAAAAGUGUGUGCAAGAUAAAUAUUUGCAGCAGGAACAUACUAUAAAAAAGUUAAUUAAAGAAAAUAAGAAGCAUCAGGAGCUCAUCUUAGACAUUUGUUCAGAAAAAGACAAUUUAAGAGAAGAGUUAAAAAAAAGAACAGAAACAGAGAAGCAGCAUGUGAACACAAUUAAACAGUUAGAAUCAAKAAUAGAAGAACUUAAUAAAGAAGUUAAAGUUUCCAAAGAUAAAGUAGUAGCUCAAGACAUUGCAGCUAAAAAUGCAAUUCAGCAAUUACACAAAGAGAUGGCCCAACGGAUGGACCAGGCCAACAAGAAAUGUGAAGAGGCACGCCAAGAGAAAGAAGCAAUGGUAAUGAAGUAUGUAAGAGGUGAGAAGGAAUCUUUAGACCUUCGAAAGGAAAAAGAGAUCCUUGAGAGGAAACUUAGAGAUGCCAAUAAGGAGUUUGAGAAAAACACUAACAAAAUUAAGCAGCUUUCUCAGGAGAAAGGCCGGUUGCAGCAGCUAUAUGAAGCAAAGGAAGGUGAAACAACUAGACUCAUCAGAGAAAUAGAAAAAUUAAAGGAAGAUAUCAACUCUCAAAUCAUUAAAGUAAAGUGGGCCCAAAAUAAAUUGAAAGCUGAAAUGGAUUCACACAAGGAAACCAAAGAUAAACUCAAAGACACAACAACAAAGUUAACACAAGCAAAGGAAGAAGCAGAUCAGAUACGACAAAACUGUCAGGAUAUGAUAAAAACAUAUCAGGAGUCUGAAGAAAUUAAAUCAAAUGAGCUUGAUGCAAAACUUAGAGUCACAAAAGGAGAACUUGAAAAACAAAUGCAAGAAAAAUCUGACCAGCUAGAGAUGCAUCAUGCCAAAAUAAAGGAACUGGAAGAUCUGAAGAGGACCUUUAAAGAGGGUAUGGAUGAACUKCGAACACUGAGGACAAAGGCAAAAUGUCUAGAAGAUGAACGAUUAAGAACAGAAGAUGAAUUGUCGAAAUACAAGGAAAUUAUUAAUCGCCAAAAAGCUGAAAUUCAGAAUUUAUUGGAUAAAGUGAAAAUUGCAGAUCAGAUACAGGAUCAGCUUCAAAGAGGUAAGCAAGAAAUUGAAAAUUUGAAGGAAGAAAUGGAAAGUCUUAAUUCUUUGAUUAAUGACCUACAAAAAGACAUCGAAGGAAGUAGGAAAAGAGAAUCUGAGCUACUGCUGUUCACAGAAAAGCUCACUAGUAAGAAUGCACAGCUUCAAUCUGAGUGCAAUUCUUUGCAGUCACAAUAUGAUAAACUUUCCUGUAGUGAAAGUCAGUUGCAAAACCAAUGUGAACAAAUGAGACAAACAAAUACUAAUUUGGAAAGUAGACUGUUAAAAGAGGAAGAACUUCRAAAAGAGGAAGUCCAGACUCUUCAAGCUGACCUUAUGUGUAAACAAACGGAAGUUAAAGCAUUGAGUACCCAGGUAGAAGAAUUGAAAGAUGAGUUAGUAACUCAAAGACGUAAACAUGCCUCUAAUGUCAAGGAUCUUACCAAGCAACUUCAGCAAGCACGAAGAAAAUUAGAUCAGGUUGAGAAUGGAAGCUACGAUAAAGAAGUUAGCAGCAUGGGGAGUCGUUCUAGUUCAUCAGGGUCCCUUAAUGCUCGGAGCAGUGCAGAAGAUCGAUCUCCAGAAAACACUGGGUCAUCAGCAGCUGUGGAUAACUUUCCAGAAUUGGACAAGGCCAUGCUGAUUGAGAGGAUAGUUAGGUUACAGAAAGCACAUGCCCGGAAAAAUGAAAAGAUAGAAUUUAUGGAAGACCACAUCAAACAAUUGGUGGAAGAAAUUAGGAAAAAAACAAAAAUAAUUCAGAGUUACAUUUUACGAGAAGAAUCAGGCACACUUUCUUCAGAGGCUUCUGAUUUUAACAAAGUCCAUUUAAGUAGACGAGGUGGCAUCAUGGCAUCUUUAUAUACAUCUCAUCCUGCUGAUAGUGGAUUAACACUGGAACUGUCUUUGGAAAUCAACCGAAAAUUGCAGGCUGUUUUGGAGGAUACAUUACUAAAAAAUAUUACUUUGAAGGAAAAUCUACAAACACUUGGAACAGAAAUAGAACGUCUUAUUAAACACCAGCAUGAACUAGAGCAGAGGACAAAGAAAACCUAAUACAAAGUUCUUGCCCAGUAAACAGAUAAAAGCCACCCAGGAGCAGGUGCCACUGACCAGUGUUGUUGGAAACUUUUCCCUACUUUGUGUAUAAGCCAGUCAAAAUUUGUUUUGCUUCAUCUGUAUAAAAAAGUGUCCUUUUAAAAAUGGAUGCAUUGCUGUGCAUACUGUAAGAGUGUAGGCUUUGAGAAAUUUGUUUUAUAUGGUGCAAUACAACAGCCUAUCAUUGAGUCUGAACARCUUAAUUUGCUCAUAGUCUUAAGUGGUGAACAUUACUAAAAGGGCUUUAAAAAAAAACCCUUCUUCAUAUUUUUUCCCUUUAAAAUAUGUCAAAAAUUAUUCAACUUUAAAAAUGAUUCAUGAAAAGACAAAGAAGUGUUACUUAUUCAUUGAUUUACAAUUUCCACAACACCAAGAAAAGUAAAGACAUCAUAAAAAUACCUGUUUCAAGCUAGACACAGUGGUGUGUACCUAUAGUCCCAGCUACUUAGGAGGCCAGGGGGAGGACCACUUGAAACCAGGAGUUUGAGGCCAACCUGUACAACAUAGCAAAACCCCAUCUCAAAAUACAUUUAAAAAAAAUGUUUUGACACUCCAGUAUAAUAUUUGGUUGUCUUUUAAGGAUGCAUUUGAGUACUUAAAUUUUUGUUUUAAUGAAAACUGAACUUAAUAGAAAAGCCAGCUGUUGGUGAAUGGCAAUAGUUGGACAUUGAAUGUCUCUGUCAGGUUUCGUUGUCUAUCGUAGGUCCAUUUUUUUUCAUAUUUGGAUUAAUAGUUGAAUUCUUAAAAUCUUUAGUUACUUUAAAUACGGUUUAAAAUAACAUGUUUAUUGAAAAAUUUUCUGUGGACUUCAGUUAUAUUUUAAAAUGUGAAGUGGAUCCAAUCAUUAGAACAGCGAAAUGAAUAAUUCUUAGACAUGGAAAUACUUUAAUUUUACUAACAUUAUAUAAAGAUAAAAUGUACUAGUAUUUUAAGGUACUUACUAAGAGCCAGUUUCCCAAGAGAAAGCAGCAUAUGUCUUUGUUAACCAUUUGAGCACCAUUCUUCACUACUGAUACAAUUAAAUAUAUAUCAAAUUGGAGUGAUCAUGAAGUUCCCCCAAAUGUGAUGUUUUAGUAUAUUUAUUUAAAACACAAAAUAAUUAU